AUGGCUACCAUUAAUCAUAAGAGAACAUUCACUGAACUUUCUGAUCUAGAUAGCAAUGGUCAAGUCACGAAAAGACAAACUACUUACGAAAGUGAAAGUGGUGAGUUGUCAUCAGAUGAGGAAUUCGGGAUAAGCGAAAUUCCUAACGGAGUCGAAGAUUCAGUUAAUAACGCUAAAUGGCAAUCAACCAUUUCAAAGGUGGUCAGCUCUGUGGUUUCGAUUCAUUUUUCACAGGUGGCGCCUUUCGACUGUGAUCCAGCUCUUGUUUCUGAAGCAACCGGUUUUGUAGUAGACGCGAAACUUGGUAUUAUCCUAACUAAUAGACAUGUUGUAGGAGCAGGUCCAUUUGUAGGAUAUGCCGUAUUCGACAAUCACGAAGAAUGCGAUGUCAUUCCAAUCUACAGAGACCCCGUUCAUGACUUUGGUUUCCUGAAGUUUGAUCCGAAAAGCAUUAAGUAUAUGGAUGUUCAAGCACUAGAGUUGAAACCAUCACUGGCAAAAGUGGGUUCUGAAAUCAGAGUGAUAGGUAACGACGCUGGUGAAAAGCUAAGUAUUCUAGCGGGAUUUAUCAGCAGACUCGACAGAAAUGCGCCAGAUUAUGGUGAGUUAACAUAUAAUGAUUUCAACACUGAAUAUAUUCAAGCAGCAGCGUCUGCAUCUGGGGGGUCCUCUGGUUCGCCUGUGGUCAACAUGGAGGGACACGCAGUUGCAUUACAAGCUGGUGGUUCGACAGAAGCAUCUACAGAUUUUUUCCUGCCAUUGGAUAGAAUACUAAGGGCACUAAACUGUGUUAGAGAAAACAGGCCAGUGACGAGAGGCACUAUUCAAACGCAGUGGCUGCUAAAGCCAUUUGAUGAGUGUAGAAGACUAGGUUUGACUCCCGAUCGCGAAAGCGACGCUCGUAAGAAGUUUCCUGAAAGAAUUGGGCUACUGGUCGCCGAAACUGUUCUCAGACAGGGGCCAGCCGAUGAAAAGAUAAAAGAGGGUGAUAAUUUAAUUUCAAUCAACGGUGAAUUAAUUUCCUCCUUCAUUCAAGUCGAUGACAUUUUAGAUCGCAGUGUUGGGGAAGAGAUUGAAAUAUUAGUUCAACGUGGAGGCAAAGACUUGGUCAUUAAAUGUGAAGUGGGUGAUUUGCAUGCCAUAACUCCAUCCCGUUAUGUGGAGGUCUGUGGCGCCACUUUUAAUGAGCUUUCAUAUCAGAUGGCUAGAUUCUACGCAAUUCCUGUGAGAGGUGUGUUUUUAAGUAGUGCCUCAGGGUCCUUUAAUUUUGACUCUAAGGAAAAGUUAGGUUGGAUUGUGGAUGCUAUAGAUAAUCGUGAAACACCUACUCUCGAUAUCUUCAUUGAAGUGAUGAAAACCAUACCAGAUCGUCAACGUGUCACUGUAAGAUAUCAUCAUUUAACUGACCAACAUUCUCCUCAUGUCACUAGUAUCUACAUUGAUCGCCAUUGGUGCAACGAGUUUAGGGUUUACGAGAGAAAUGAUGUUACCGGCAUAUGGGACUAUAAAAAUAUUGCUGAACCCAUCACUCCUGUUCCCCUUUCUCCCCAUCAAGCCAAAUUUAUCGAUCUUCCAAUUGUAAACGAAGAAUUGAAUAAACUUUCCAGAAGUUUGGUUAUGGUAAGCAGCGUUUCACCUAUCCCAUUGGACUCACUCUCCGCAGAGUCCCGUAAAGCAAGUGGUUUGGUAAUUGAUGCUAGUCAGGGUCACGUUAUCGUGUCCCGCAGAAUCAUUCCACAUGACUGCCUGGAUGUUUUCGUGACAAUUGCUGAUUCCAUUAUCGUACCUGCAACAGUGAUAUUUUUGCAUCCAACCCAAAACUAUGCUGUUGUCAAAUAUGAUCCAUCCUUGGUCAAAGCGCCUGUUUUGACGCCAAAGUUUUCAUUUGAGCGCUUGAAGCGUGGAGAUAAACCGCAGUUUAUUGGUUAUACCCACAACAAUAGAUUGGUAUCGUCCGAGGCAAAGGUUACAGAUAUUUCCUCAUUGAGUAUUCCAAGUAAUUUGAUUCCAAGAUACAGGGCUACAAACUUGGAGGCAAUUGGUAUCGAUUGCAAUGUCAGCUCAAGAUGUAAUUCCGGCGUACUCGCGGAUGAGGAUGGAACAGUCAGGGCUUUGUGGCUGUCCUUCUUAGGUGAAGUUCAAGAUGGUAAAGAAAAGAUUUAUCUAUUGGGUUUAGAUUUGACGGAUCUCAAAGAAGUUGUUCUGCUUCUAAAGGAAGGGAAGAAACCCCGGAUUAACAUCGUUGAUGCCGGUUUUGGUUCGAUUUCUAUUUUGCAAGCCAGAAUUCGAGGCGUUUCGGAAAAAUGGAUUAAGAAAAUGGAGGAUGAAUCAGAAAAUAGGCUACAAUUUAUGAGCGUUACAAGAGUCUCAUAUACUAAUGAAAAACAAAAGCUAAAUCCCGGCGAUGUAAUACUUUCGGUUAAUGAUAGACUCGUUAAGGAAAUGCGCGAUCUUGAUGGGAUAGUCACGUCAAGCACAGAUCCUUCGUCGGAGCAGAUAUUAAAAUUCAAACUAGUGAGAAAUGGGAAAAUUAUUGAUCUUGAUAUAAAAACAUGUCAAGUUCAUGAGACUUCACACUUCGCCGUCUUUGCGGGUUGCAUCGUCCAAGCACCCCACCAUGCAGUACUACAAGCAAUGAUGGAUAUACCUAGCGGAGUGUACUGUACUUUCCGUGGACAGUCUUCCCCAGCAAUGCAGUAUGGUAUCUCAGCAACUAAUUUCAUUACACACAUAAAUGAAAUCGAGACGCCGGAUCUUGAAACUUUUGUGAGUGUUGUCAAAGGUAUUCCCGAUAACACAUACUGCAAGAUCCGCCUUGUUACCUUUGAUAAUGUGCCCUUCGCAAUUUCACUCAAAACGAAUUACCACUAUUUCCCCACGGCCGAAUUAAAGAAGGAUAUAAAAACAGGGAACUGGAUUGAGCACGAAUUGAACAAAACCGAGGAGCGCAUAGAUUGA